UGCGUAAACAAGUGAUCUUGGUAGUUCUCUCACGUUGAAUCCCUUUUUUCAAAGUAAUUGAAUCCGUAAGUUGCCUUUUGUUGGAAAGAAUGACGGCAUUAUGAAACUAGACUGCAUUAAAUUGUCCUUCAAUCUACAAUUCGCUGCCUAUUGACGUUAACAACCUCAAUUGAAACCGUCAAAGAAUGGACGAGAAUAACAUGAAGAAUGAGGACAACGUGUCCAGAGAGCAAUCUUGCUUUGCUCUGGAUGAGGGUUCUGCUACGGAAAGCGAACAAACUUGCACAAGUGGCUCUAGCUCAUCUGCCUCCAGCCCAAUGCCAGUGGAAGAUUUAGGACCUGUAUUUGAUGUCAAGGGCAUUCGUGCCACUGCAGACUCGUUGGUUUUGACGUUUCGCAUCUCGAGAAUUGAUGACCCGGAAAUCAGAGAUUCCUGGUGGGAGGUAACGAGAAGUUACGAAGAAUUUGAAGCCUUCAAUCGGUUGCUGGUGGAUUGCCAAAAGUUUGGUGGCAUGAUAUAUCCCCCUUUACCCCCACCAUUGACAUCCAAGUAUGAAGACAAUUUUGCCGAAGCUCCCAUCAUUCAUCGAAAACAAAUUGAAAGGUACUUGCAAAUGGUUGCUUUGCAUCCCACGUUAGGCAGGUCUCAAGCCUUAGCCGAUUUUCUGUCCCCAACCUAUGUGAUAACAGAAAAAUCGGGUCGUAAAGGGCUUUUCGCUAAGCUUGCCGAGAGUUUUACCGGAUCUUCCCAGCCGGCUAAAGUGCCUCUUCGAGAUAUUGAAGAGUUUUUUCAAAACGAGCGUGAUUGGUCGGCCAACUACUCGAUUCAUCUUAAAACCACGUUGAAUGCCGUACUGACCGUCAUUCAUUCGGAAAAAAAAAUCAUCGGCCAACUGAAACACCUGUGCACAGCUCUAUCGAUGAAUGCCCCGAGUUCGUACCAGCAGGAAACGAGCCGCAUCCAUCAUCAACUGCAUUCCAAAAUGGCAGAUUCGUUUCUCAGCAUACAGGAUUUGACAGAAGACGGGCUGCAGCGUGGCUUGUGCGAUUUCUAUUGCAUUUGGGACCUGUACCACCAGUAUUUGGCCAACGAGCAGCUGAUGCUCAACCGACGGACCGCGUUGCUCGUCAACUACGAAAACGCCAACCGCAACUGGGAUAAGGCCAAAGCCCAUAAAAGAGACGAGGCGGAAGUGGCUAAAAAAGCGGCCGAAACGGCGUUUGAGGAAUGUUCCGACGUGGCCCGUCACGAAAUCAAGGCUUUUCAAAAGCAGCGGGUCCAAGAAAUGCGCCUGAACCUGACACAGUUGGCGAGAAGCGAAUUGGCUCGAGCGCGCUCCAUACGCGCCUCCCUACAGCGAGCGCUGGAUCAAGCUCGCCUCUUUCCAGUUCCAGAUGACCCGCAUCUUUCCUCUUUCUAUUCGUAAAAACUCGUCAUCCAGACGCGGAGGAAAACAAAACAUUCCAGCGAGCCAACCAUGCAUUCCACGACACCUAAUUAUCUGUGGAAUUUUAUUUGGAGUUUUCUUUUUUUUUUUAAUAUUAUUUUCUAAUCAAUUUCUAAUCGUCAUUUUUUUUUUUUUAAUUUGUCCCUUACGUUUUUCUUUUAUAGUCGCUCUGAUCCAAAAAUGAUUUUGUUCGUUAUAUAGUCAUGUUCCAGCGCCAAACAAUCUGUCCGCUACCGUCAUUUCUAAAUCGCUGUCCCUCUCCUCCGGACAAAUAUUUCUAGUAAGUUAUGCCCGUAUCUAACUUAAUAAUAAUAAUAAAGCAUU